GCGGCCGCCCCGCGCGGUGACUGCGCCGUCGAAGGAGGCGAGCGCGCUAACGGGGGAUGGGUCACGCGGACUGUGGCCCGCGGGCACCUCAGCGUUGCAGACAGUUGUCAAAACGGGGACCGCUAACGGCCGCGCGCUAACAGUCGCGCGCCCGACCCAUCUUCCGCGCGUGCGCAUCCUCGCCUCUGCGCGCGCGCAUCCGGCCUCCGCGCAGGCGGAAGGCCAGCCCCGGAUUAGGCUCGUCGUGUGUGAUGACGUUGUACUCCCGGCGCGGGUGAGUGACGCGGCGCGGCCCGUUGUCUGUGUGGGGCUGAGAAGCCCCGAGGGCGGUGGGCGCUCCCGGUGGGGGCGGCGCGGGGUUAGCAGGGCCUGGACAUGGCGCUGAGAGACCGCUCCGCGGGAAGAUGAAUAAGGGCUGGCUGGAGCUGGAGAGUGACCCGGGCCUCUUCACCCUCCUGGUGGAAGAUUUCGGUAAGAACCCCUUUACCCCCGAUCGUCGGGCCCUGGCUGGUGUCAAAGGGGUGCAAGUGGAGGAGAUCUAUGACCUUCAGAGUAAAUGCCAGGGGCCUGUAUAUGGAUUUAUCUUCCUGUUCAAAUGGAUCGAAGAGCGCAGGUCCCGCCGCAAGGUUUCUACGUUGGUGGAUGAUACAUCUGUGAUUGAUGAUGACAUCGUGAAUAGCAUGUUCUUUGCUCACCAGCUGAUUCCCAACUCUUGUGCCACUCACGCCUUGCUGAGCGUGCUUCUGAACUGCAGCAAUGUGGAUUUGGGGCCCACGCUGAGUCGAAUGAAGGAUUUCACCAAAGGCUUCAGCCCUGAGAGCAAAGGAUAUGCGAUUGGCAAUGCCCCUGAACUGGCCAAGGCACAUAAUAGCCAUGCCAGGCCAGAACCACGUCACCUUCCUGAGAAACAGAAUGGCCUCAGUGCAGUGCGGACCAUGGAGGCGUUUCACUUUGUCAGCUAUGUGCCUAUCACAGGACGGCUCUUUGAAUUGGAUGGGUUGAAAGUCUACCCUAUUGAUCAUGGGCCCUGGGGAGAGGAUGAGGAGUGGACAGAUAAAGCCCGAAGGGUCAUCAUGGAGCGAAUCGGCCUUGCUACUGCAGGGGAGCCCUACCAUGACAUUCGCUUCAACCUGAUGGCAGUGGUGCCUGACCGCAGGGUUAAGUAUGAGGCCAGGCUGCAUGUGCUGAAGGGGAACCGACAAACAGUCCUGGAGGCCCUGCAGCAGCUGAUUAGAGUAACACAGCCAGAGCUGAUUCAGACCCACAAAUCUCAAGAGUCACAACUGCCUGAGGAGAGCAAGCCAGCCAGCAGCAAGUCUCCCUUUGGGCUAGAGGCGGGCAGAACCCCGGCGGCCUCUGAGUGCACUCACACAGAUGGUGCAGAGGAGGUGGCUGGUUCGUGCCCACAAACUACAACCCAUAGUCCUCCCAGCAAAUCUAAGCUGGUGGUGAAGCCUUCAGGGAGCAGCCUCAAUGGGGUUCCCCCAACCCCUACCCCUAUUGUCCAGCGGCUGCCAGCCUUUCUAGAUAAUCACAAUUAUGCCAAAUCCCCUAUGCAGGAGGAGGAAGACCUGGCGGCAGGUGUGGGCCGCAGCCGAGUUCCAGUCCGACCCCAGCAGUACUCUGAUGAUGAGGAGGACUAUGAGGAUGAGGAGGAGGAUGUGCAGAAUACCAGUUCUGCCAUCAGAUACAAGCGGAAGGGGACAGGGAAGCCAGGAUCGUUGAGCAAUUCUUCAGAUGGGCAGCUGUCAGUGCUGCAGCCCAACACCAUCAAUGUCUUAACUGAGAAGCUUCAAGAGUCUCAGAAAGACCUUUCAAUUCCUCUGUCCAUCAAGACUAGCAGUGGGGCUGGGAGUCCAGCCGUGGCUGUGCCCACACACUCGCAGCCUUCACCCACCCCUAGCAAUGAGAGCACGGACACAGCCUCUGAGAUUGGCAGUGCUUUCAACUCACCCUUGCGCUCACCCAUCCGCUCAGCCAACCCAACACGGCCCUCUAGCCCUGUCACCUCUCACAUCUCCAAGGUGCUCUUUGGAGAAGAUGACAGCCUACUUCGUGUUGACUGCAUACGCUACAACCGUGCUGUCCGUGACCUGGGUCCUGUCAUUAGCACGGGCCUGCUGCACCUUGCUGAGGAUGGUGUACUGAGUCCCCUGGCACUCACAGAGGGUGGGAAGGGUUCCUCACCUUCUACCAGAUCAAGCCAAGGCAGCCAGGGGUCCAGCAGCCUAGAGGAGAAGGAGGUGGUGGAAGUCACAGAUAGCAGAGACAAGUCUGGGCUGAACAGGUCCAGUGAGCCCUUGAGUGGAGAGAAGUACUCGCCCAAGGAGCUGUUAGCACUGUUAAAGUGUGUAGAGGCCGAGAUUGCAAACUAUGAGGCCUGUCUCAAGGAGGAGGUGGAGAAAAGGAAGAAGUUCAAGAUUGAUGACCAGCGAAGGACCCACAACUAUGAUGAGUUCAUCUGCACCUUCAUAUCCAUGCUGGCUCAGGAAGGAAUGCUGGCCAACCUGGUGGAGCAGAACAUCUCAGUGCGGCGCCGCCAAGGGGUCAGCAUUGGUCGGCUUCACAAGCAGCGGAAGCCUGAUAGGCGGAAACGCUCUCGCCCCUACAAGGCCAAACGCCAGUGAGGACCUCUAGCCCUGACUCUGCAGCCUCUCUUGCCGCAAGGCCCUCACCAGGGCCCUUCACUGUUCGACUUUUCCAAGUAUUACUGAAUAGUUCAGCUAGAGCUCAGGCCCUGGGAGUAGGAAUGGGAUGUGUAUUCUGCAUUAUGCUCUGGGGUCUGGCAGGGACAAGGCAGCUCCAUAAUGCUCAGGAAGCAGCAGCUGGAAUUGGAGGGUGCUGUGGCCUCCACGGCCAUCUGAGGAGCAGCAGGAUAUAUAUUCUACCUGUUGGAGAUGUCUAUUUUUUUGACUUUUGGCCAUCUUGCCACUGUAUUAACAUGGCCAGCUUCCUGACUCUGCUUUCUCUCCCAGCAGCUGUCAUUCUGCUGGGCCCAGGUCUCUUAUAACCACAGUACCAGCUGGGAAACCCAGAAGGCAUUGGUCCUGGUGCUCUAGCACCAGCCACCAGCCUGUCCUUGUUGUGAAGAAGCUUGGCCUACUACUCUUGAUUCCUUCUGGGAGAGCGCCAAACUCAGGGACCUGGCUGCUGAGCUGGAAUGGGCAUGGGGUAUCCUAGUAGGAUGUACAGCCUAUCAGGGUCCCACAGCUAUCGUGGAGACAAGUGUUUGAACUGUCCUCGUACCACCCAGACUUGUUAGUGAGUCAGAGCAGGGCUCUGGGGCUCUUUGCCUUCAGUGUUGUGGCCCUGGCCGUGGGCCUACCUUAGGCUCCUAAUCUCCGUCUCUGGGGUCCAGAGGAGCCACUACUUAGCCCCUCAGUAUUACCAUGUCUCCUCUUAGGAAUGUCAGAGGCAGGGCUGCUCGAAUGAGGCUGGCACUAUUCAAUUCUCCCGACCGUGCCAGCUUCCUUGGCCUCAUGCAGGUACUCAGGGUAGGGGACAGGGUCAAGAGGAGUUAGAACUUCUGUGUUCCCAUAGGGCUUGAUGCCAGUGGGGUAGUAAGCACAGCACUGCUUCAAGCUCCAGGCCCAGAUAGCCCUGUGCCCUCUGCUAGAUACAGGUGAUCCAAGCAGGCCCCUUACCUGUACAUAGCAACUGUCGGGGGGAUGGUACAGCAGUCCGACCCGCUAUAGUGUCUGUAAAUACUGAAUCAGUGAGUGAAGAAUAAAAGUGUGCUAAUAAGUGAUCU